AUGAAUUCUGAAUCCAAACUUCCAAUUCAAAUUAAUAAUACACUUAUUAUUAAUUAUACUAAAAGUAGACCUUCACAACAUGCAAGAAUUAAAUCAGCUAUUGAGAUAUUAAAGGAAAAUAACCAAAAUAAAAGGUUACAAAAGCAAUAUCAAAAUUGUAAAGAAACUUCUGGUCAUAAUUCAUAUAGCUAUCCUCAUUCUUGUGAACUUGCAGAUUAUGAUGCCUUACUUAAUGCAGCAGAAGCUUGGUCUAUAGUAUCACCAGAACAAUUGCAAAUUGCUAGAAAUGAUCAUCUUAUCGCAGAUGAUUAUAUCUGUAUUGAUAAUGAAUUUGAAAGCAGAAUUACUGAUAAAAAAAUAUUAGAGAUAAUAACAAAUGAAAAGGAUGAGCUUAUAGAUGAAUUUAUCAAUAAAACAGAUGAAACAAUAAAAGAAAUAAAAAAG